AUGGGGACGCAAGAGGUUAACGAACGGGCUAGAGAGGCGCGAGAUUAUUUCAACAACUUUAUGCACUUCGAAUACGAGAAAUUAGUCGGUAAUGGCGCUUUUGGGAUCGCAGUCCGUGUUAAGUUGACGGGUGUCAGGCGCUCACGUAGGCUGAUUGUUAAGGGGGCGCGAAAUGAAGACGCCGCCCAUGAACUACUGCAUGAGAUCGAUAUAAUGGCAAAUCUGAACGGCUCAGCGCAUAUAGCAAGUGUCAUUGCGUAUAAUGAUGGUCGAAGGUAUCGACGUCGUCCACGUAAUUUCGAGAAUAAAUUGUACGGCAACCGCGAGACAGUAUCCAGUAGGAUUUUGUGGAGAAUAUUUCUCUGCUUGAUCAGGGCAUGCGUUGCCAUGAAUUAUCCACCAAAUGAACCAUCAGGGGCCGAUCCAACCCUCGAAGAGUUGGGUAAUACACCUUCAAGCGGGCUCGUUCACGCUGAUAUGCAUCCCGGUAAUAUACUCUUUGGAACAACAGGAGAUUUCCCAGAACAUUCCAUCGUUCCCCCAGUCAAGCUGAUAGACUUUGGACUGAGCUAUCAAAGUCCUGUGGCCGUAAUGCGGAAUAUAACGGAUAUAGCAGAAUAUGAUGUGGCUGAUUAUACAGAGGCUCGUACCUCUCGGGCUUUUGGCCGUGAACUAUAA